AUGGCUACUCACCCUUACAGGCAACGAGUAGCAGUAAACACCCUCCCAGAGCUGAAUAGCUCUGCAGACACAGACUAUAUUGUUCCUAUCAGAGGCGAGGCGCUCAACGGCAACGACUUCACUCAACACUUUCACCGUGACACGGGUGUAUCCAGUCCUCGUUUCACUGGUGAAAGACCUUUGAACUUGGGGUCUUUCAAUAAUGCGAAUGGUAGGAACAAUGUCGCUUCACCAGAUAUUCUGUACAGUUCAGACGGCUCGUAUGUGCCUGGUUUGAACUUGGACACUCCGCAUGCAACAAUCCCUGCGGAGUCGGUCAUGUCGGGCUCUGAACCGGACUUAACGGCCGUUACUCAAAGACUCAACGGGUUGGGUCAUAACAGAUCAGUGUCUUCAUGUCUGUCAUUCUUCAAGUCAGACAGCUCUCCUUAUCAUUACAUGGAUCAGAGCCUUGUCAAGCAACAUUUGGGCACAAACAGCUCGAGCUUGAAGUCACGUCUCGAGGUUUCUGAGCAAUACCGCAAAAAUGCGAAGAGAUCCAACGACCCCAAAGUGCUCUUCCAGUAUGCUCAAUUCAUGUUGCAGAUGGCAUUGGAGUUGAAGGAUUUAGAGAAGAAGCCGGUGGCUGUUGAGAGUCCUUCUGGAACGGAUCUCAGCAUGUCUCUGUCAGAAGUAAGCUCUACUUCUCGCAAACAAAGCUCUGUGAACUUGAAUAGUACCCCAGAACUUCAACAACAAAUGAGUUUUUUCUUAAAGGAAGCACAACAUUAUUUAAGACGUCUUUCUGAUAAAGGGUAUGUCGAAGCCCAGUACUUAUUUGGCGAUGCUUGGAGUUCGGGUGCUUUCGGCAAAGUCGAUAACGAGAAAGCGUUCAGCUUAUUUUUGGUUUCUGCCAAGCACGGUCAUACCGAAAGUGCCUUCCGUGUAGCUCAUUGCUAUGAAGAGGGCUUGGGAACCGGAAGAGAUGCUAGAAAAGGCAUUGAGUUUCUCAAAAAGGCUGCAUCUGACAAACAUCCCGCAGCUAUGUAUAAGUUGGGUGUGUACCAUUUCUAUGCUCGCAUGGGAAUUGCAGACACUAUGACCAACAAGAAAAUGGGUAUGAACUGGCUUGAAAGAGCCGCCAGCGUGGCCACCGAGCUCACUGCCGCUGCACCCUAUGAGUUAGGUAAGAUUUACUACGUAGGUUACAAGGAUAUUGUGAUCCGUGACCUUGAUUACGCUGUUAAAUUGUUCACUAAGGCUGCUGCUCUUGGUCAUGUCGAAGCAGCCGCAAGACUUGGAGAGCACUAUGAGGAUGGUGAGGAUACCAUUGAUUAUGAUCACCUCUCAAUUCAUUAUUAUACAGAAGCUGCCAAGAUGGGACACCCCGGAGCAAUGCUUGCUUUAGGUGCUUGGUAUUUGUGUGGAAGUGAGGGUUUGCCCGCUGACGAAAGUGAAGCAGCUUUGUGGAUUAAAAAGUCGGCAGAAUGUGGAUUCCCCAAAGGACAAUACACGUAUGCCUAUUUCUUGCAAAAAGGCAGAGGUGUUCAGGCCAACCCAGAGCUAGCACAACAAAUGUUCAUCAAGGCCGCCGAAGGUGGCUAUCAAAAAGCCUUGGAUCGUAUCGAGGACAAAGCUGUAGCUGCCAAAAUCGCGAAACGAAUGAAAAAGGUCGCAAAAUCUAGCACGGACAAAGAUGAUUCUGAUGCUAAAUGUGCAUUUAUGUGA